AUGAUCCGAUCCACAAGAACCCUUCGCUUCAGCGUCCCGUCCGCACGUCCUUUCUCCCUCUCCGCUUCAAGAAGGGUCGAGCAAUACCCGAACAACGCGAGCACCAACUCAAAGACCAAGACGGACAAGUACGAUAGCGACAGCCCUCACGCGGUACAAGAGAAGGUCAAGCAAGGAGACACACACAACGUUCAGGAGAGCAAUGCAAAGGCCGGAUUAGACAGCGCGCAAAAAGAGGGCAGCGGUGGUCAUGCGACUGAAGGAAGGGACUCGGCUGGCGGAAAGGAGAAGGCGAAGAAGGAGUUCCCUGAGGCGCCCGACCCAGCUAUUGGCAUGCAGGACGAGAGAGGUGGACGUGGUGCUUAG